UUUGUUGAGGUGUUGUCAAAUGUGAAGAGUGAUCCUGCUGAAACUGCAUAUUGGUCAAUGAAUAUGAACUACAACAGAUCUGAUUUCUCUGAUGUCAGAACUAUUUAUUAUGGCUACGAUGUUAACAAUCCUUUGCCAAGAACCGAAAUUAAUCGCAGGACUUGGGAGUAUUCUCCUUCUAUGCACAUUGAAGAAUCAACCAUGGUCAUGCAAUCCCAAGAAAAUGUAGUUACAACUUCAGAUGCUGCUGAAGAAUGUCCUGAUGACGAUCAAGAUGAUGAUAGUCCUGAGGUUGCUUGGCAAGAUGUCGUUGAUCCUGAUAGCAUGACUUACGAGGAAUUACUUGAAUUAGGUGAGGCAGUAGGAAGUCAAAGUCGAGGUCUUUCUCAAGAACUUAUCAAGUUGCUUCCAACCUCUAGAUAUAAGGCGGGUGGUUUUUUCUCAAGGAAAAAAUCCAGAGAGAGAUGCGUAAUAUGCCUGGUGACGUACAAAAUCGGGGACCAACAAAUGACAUUGCCAUGCAAGCAUGUAUACCACUCCAAAUGUGGGAGGAAGUGGCUCAGCAUAAAUAAGACAUGUCCGGUUUGCAAUAGUGAAGUGUUCGGGGAUGAAGUAAGGAAUUGAAAACAUUAUUGGGCAAGCGUACAGAUACAAGCUUAGUUUUUGUGUUGUCUUCAUUUUUGUUCCUGGUUCCUGGUUUUUAGGUACAGAGAGCUGAUUUUGAAUUUACGGCUAUAUAGUCACCUCCUCCUCCUCUUCUUCUAACUGAUAUGACCAGUUAUGUCUCGUGGUACUCAGAAUCUAAUAUAGAUAGAAAAAGGUUCUAAA